CCUUUGUUAAAAAGAUCCAGAAGAGGUUACUGUUUUGUCAGAUCCGAAGCGGGUACCAACCGCAUCCCAAGAGAGAUCGAGUGUCCGGUAGCCACUCUAGAGCACAGAGACCUCGACACGGCACGGCGGAGGGAACAUCGGGACAUGGCGAGCGGGGAAGCCAAGGGGGAGACGGUGCUGGUCACCGGCGCCAGCGGCUUCAUCGGCUCGACGCUCGUCCGCGGCCUCCUCGACCGCGGCUACACCGUCCGGGCCGGCGUCCUCAACCCCGAUGACAAGGCGGAGACGGACCACCUCCUGGCGCUCGCCGCCGGCGCCGGCGAGGGCCGCCUCAGCAUCUUCCGCUGCGACCUCCUCGACGGCGCCGCGCUCACCGACGCCGCGCGGGGCUGCUCGGGCGUCUUCCACCUCGCCUCCCCCUGCACCGUCGACCCCGUCAAGGACCACCUGAAUCAGCUGAUGGUGCCGGCGGUGGAAGGGACGCAGAACGUGCUGCGCGCCGCCAAGGAGGCCGGGGGCGUGCGGCGGGUGGUGGUGACCUCGUCCAUCUCGGCCAUCGUGCCCAGCCCCGGGUGGCCCGCCGGCGAGGUCCGCGACGAGCGCUGCUGGACCGACAUCGACUACUGCGAGGAGAACGGGAUUUGGUACCCUGCUUCCAAGACACUGGCAGAGAAGGCAGCGUGGAAGUUUGCGGAGGAGAAAGGGCUAGAUGUGGUUGUGGUGAACCCGGGGACAGUUCUGGGGCCGAUGAUUCCACCAGCCAUCAACGCUAGCAUGGCCAUGUUUCGUCGCCUCCUUGAAGGUUGCGCAGAGGAGUACGCGGAUUUCUUCAUGGGACCAGUCCAUGUGGAAGACGUUGCCUUGGCUCAUAUCCUCGUGUUCGAGAACCCAUCAGCGUCCGGUAGGCACAUCUGCGUGGAGUCCAUCUGUCACUGGAGCGACUUCGCGGCCAAAGUCGCCGAGAUGUAUCCCAACUACAAAGUGCCCAAGUUGCCCAAGGAUACCCAGCCCGGGCUGGUGAGAGCGGAGGUGGGGUCGAAGAAACUCAUCGCGCUAGGGCUGCAGGUCAGCCCCGUGGAGAAGAUCAUCAGGGAUGCCGUGGAGAGCCUCAAGAGCAGAGGGUUCAUCUUCUAAUGGGUGAUGAUGGCUGGGUUCUGUGAAUCUGUGAUGUCUUUCCUGGGCCUUGCUAGUACUACAGAACAGUAAUAAGGGUGUCACUAGGUAAUAAGAUACCGUUGGAAUCGUGCAAUCUAGCUCAGGGCUGGGCUAAAAAUGCUCAAACGUUUGCAAGAUGUCCAUUCUGAAACAUGAAGUUUCAAGUACCAAAUUGUGAUGCCUGUUGACAUGACGCCAACGCUGACCGUUGUAAUGGUUGAUAUGA